UGUAUUAUGGCUUCUACCGAAUUAGUUAAUUUUGCUGGUUUAUCAUUUUUAUGUGAAAAGCUUCGAUUGGAAUCUCUUCUUAUUAAGCAUGAAAAGUCUACAUUGGAGGAUUUAAAUAGAAAAGUAAUUAAAGAAUAUAAUAAUAUUUGUAAACAAAUAUGGAUUUGUAGACAUCAACAGGAAAUUCUAAAUCAAUUAAUUAAUUCUGAUAUUAAUGUCUCUCCAGAAAAUUGUUGUCAACUUUUUAAUAAUUUAUAUUCAUCAAAUUUUGUUGAAGCUUACAAAAUUUUGAAUCAAUAUGCUGCUGAAAUUGUUCAAAUUUACAAAGUUUUGGCUUAUGCUCCUAGAGCUGUUUCUAUGUUUUUGAAUGCUACAGAGAAGAUUACAGCAACUAAUUAUACAAUGGAUGAAUUAUGUUCUUGUGUAUUUAAUGUAAUUUAUGGUUCUUGUUUUUUCCCAGAAGAUGAAAAGAAUAUGUUAGAAUUACUUGGGCAUUUAAUUAAUUUACAAAUUGUACAAAAUCCAGAUCCACGAAAAAUACUCAGAAAAGGAAAUUCUGUAUUUUCUAGAAUGUACAAAUAUUUUAGUGAAUCUCUUUUAUCCACAAAGAUUUUUCUUACUGCUGCCCUUCAUGAGCCAAUAAUGUUUCUUUUGAGUCAAGACGAACUAUUUUUGGACAUUGACCCAUCAAAAUCACCAAUUCGAAUACCUGCACAUGAAAGACGUUUACGUUUUGGUCCAGACGAAAAUUCAAAAUCUUAUAAAGACAAAUUGGCCCAACACAGACGAAUUAUUGUUGACAAAUUGGUUUUGGUUGUUGAAACGUUUAUUAAUGCAAUAUUAAAUGCAAUGCCAAUAUUCCCAAAGAGUAUAAUUUGGUUAGUUGAUCAAAUGCAUACAGCAAUGAUUGAAAGAAAAUUAGUUAGCAAUGAUGAGGCAGCUUUAAUUUGUACAGACCUUAUUUUUACUUAUUUUAUUUGUUCUGCUGUUAUACAUCCUGAACCUCUUGGAAUUAUAUCUGACACUCCGAUAAGUUAUAUUGCUCGUUUUAAUUUAAUGCAAGUUGGACAACUUUUGCAAUCAUUGGCAAUACUUCCUUAUGAACAACGUUUCCCUUCUUAUUUUAAUGAAAUUCUUUCUCAUUUAGACAAAAAUUCAAUGACCAAAGUUAUGGACACAGUUUUACAAACAGGAUCAGCUUCAAUUGAAACAAUUUUUCCUACACAAAUUGCAGAUUCUAAAGGAAAUGAAGUUUUUAGACGUACAACAUUUGUUGCUUCUCUUAAUGAAAUUAAUAUUUUGCAAUAUUAUUUAAAAUCUCCUGCUUUGGAAGAAAUUAAUGAUGCAGCAUUAUUAAAAAAUUUAAAAUUAUUAUUAAAAAGAUUGCCUGAACAAUUUAAUGAAAAAAUUAAAUUUUAUAUGGGAUUGCCUGAAAAAGAGCAAUCACAACAACAGCAGCAACCAAUUUCCUCGUCUACACGGUUAAGAAAUUUGGCUGAUAAAGUUCAAAAUGUUGCUUCUAAAGGACAUCAAAAAUUAAUUCAAACAACAUCAGUUUCAAAUUUUAGAAAUUCCGAUCAACAAAAUUUAACAAAUUCUUUGUCUGUUAAUGUGUUGGUUAAUGAAAAUGAGAAUAAUAAUAAUUGUAAUUUAAUUACAAAUAAUAAUCAGCAACAAAAACAACAGAACCAAAAUGGUGUUAAUUCGACGACAAAUGAAAAUUUAAAUCGGGAUGUAUUACUCUUUGAAAUUCCUGAUAGUUAUGAGCCAAUAGGAACAACGUCUGAAGAAGAAGUUUUGAAAUUAAAUUUUCGAUUAGAAUCAAAAAAGUGUAAUGGACAAAAGAAAACAAGAUUUUUGGCUGCAACGGAUAGCGUUGUUUCUGAUAGAACAAAUACAGAUGUUAUAAGUGACGAUGAUGAAGAGGAGGAAGAAGAAGAUGACCAAGAGGUGGGGGAAGUGGAGGGAGUUGAUGAUACUUCUUCGAGUUCUUCAAAUGGAAAUGCUGAGGAAGCAGAAGAAGAUGUUGCUGUUUUGCCAGACAAUUUUUCUGACGUUGUCCCAAUUAGUGCAAACGUUUCUCGACGUGGAUCACCUAGCUUAAGUGGAAGUAAACUUUCUGGCAGAGAAACUCCUUUUUCUAAUCAUGCGGAGCAGAAUAAUGUAAUUGAAAAUUCUUCUUCAACAAUCCCAACAUUUUCAAAUACUUUACCUCAACAAGAAGCAAAUAAUAAUAGACGAACUUUACCAUAUUUACCUGUAACUGUAAGAAAACAAAAUUCUGAAGGUUUAGAAGAAAAAUUUGGAAAAUUUGUUCUUCCACAAAUUGACAGCACUAGAAAUCGUGAUGAAACAAUUUCUUUGGUAAGCGACAAUUGGUCAACAGAUGUGGUUGCUUCUGAUAAUGAAGCAGCGAUGAUAGAAUUAAGAAAUGCUGUAGAUGCAUCUUCAUCUUCAAUAUCAUCAAUUCAACAACCACAAAAUUCAUUUCUUCAGCAAAAUAAUUUUGCUGUUCAGCAACAACAAAAUAAUGUUUUACCAAUAAAUAAAUUACAACAACAAAUUUCUUCUUUAAAUUCAUCAAAACAAUUAAAUAAUUUGACAAAUUUUUCUUCAAAUUUGGCAUCUUCUUCUAAUAUUGUUACUGCACCUAUUGCUGUUUUAAAUCCAGUUAAUGCUCUGACUAAUUUAGUUUUAAGUUCAACAGCAGAUAAUAUCCCAAACAAUAUCAAUAAUAUUGAUGAGGAAGAAGAUAAACUUCCAUAUUUUGAUCAAAACAAUAUAACAACAUGUCGAGCUUUUUUGGAUGCUAAAAGAAAAUUGAGAUUAGUUUUAAGUAACACUACAACACUUCCAAAAAGUUUAGAUUUGAUAAAUUAUAAAGAAGCAUCCAAUAAUAAUGAUAAACAACAUCAACAAAAAGAAGCAAUGAAUGGUAAUGAUGUUGGAGAUUCUUCUACAAAAAAAAUAGCAGAUGCAGAAGUUUUAGCACUUCAACAAAUGCUUCAUUUAUUUUUAGCUGAUUCUAUCAAUAGUCGAGAUCGUAAACAAGCAGCACAAAUACGUGAAGUUUUGCGGUGUUUAUCAAUAUUUGAUAAUAAAGGAAUAUUUUUAUUAUUAAAAAAAUUAAAAAGAGAACAACGUCAAAGAUUAUGUUAUACAUUAUAUUUACAACAAUCACAAUCUACAUUAUUACAAUUUAAAUAUUGUUUAGAAAAAAUGAAUAAUCGUUUUGUUAGAAAUUUAGAAUUAACAUCAGAAUGUUUAGUUGAAAUGUUAGUUAGAUUCCAUUUACAAAAGGAAGAUUUGAGACAAUUUGUCCAAAAUUUUCAAAAUUUACAUGUUCAGGAUGAGAAAGUAGAACUAGUUUCUUCAACUCUUCGAAUUCUUUGUGAUCAACUUUUAACCGAUCCGAUUUGGCAUUUUGCAACAGUAGAAAAUUUAGAUUAUGCAAGAAAAUGUAUGGAACGUUCUUUAAUGGCACAAAUUUAUGUUUAUGCUUUAUUUCCAAAUUCUGAUGCUGAUUAUUAUCGUGAUGAAGUCCUCUCAAAAUCAAUUCGUCAGCUUUCUUCUUUACUUUCUGUUGAUCAUCCAGAUCUUGCUAUACCCAAGUGUCUUCAUGCCGAAUGUCCUUGGUCUUCUGCACAGGCUGAAUUAAAUAUUAUAAAUGCAUAUAAAUCACCGCGUGACAAAAUGAAUUGUAUUUCUCGUUGUUGUGAGACUAUAGAAAAUUUGAUUGUUCUCUCUGCUGGACGUGUAACUUCAUCUGCUGACGAUAUUUUGCCUAUUCUUGUUUUUGUUAUUAUAAAGGCAAAUCCUCAUGCUCUCCUUUCCAAUCUUCAAUUUAUUGACAGUUUUUAUGCUAGUAGAAUGCAAGGAAGUGAAGCUUAUUGGUGGACACAGUUUAAUUCAGCAGUUGAAUUUUUGAAGACUUUACUUAAUAAAUUAUGCAAUAAAUAA